AUGAAGAUAGUUUAAUUCGAUUUAUUUUCUUCUGAAUUUUACUUUAACUUAGAUGGAACGCAUUUUAAGAAAGGGACUGUCCAUGGUGUGAUUUUAUCAUUAGCAUCUAUUACUUUGAUCCUUUCUUACUUUUUUUACUUACUCCACCUAUAUUUAAAUAACUUAAUUGAUCCAUUAUUUAAGUCUCAAAGUUUUAUUACAAAUAAUAGAAAAGAAGUAGAAUUGACUUAAGACCUUAUAGGGUUUUAAUUUACAUAUAAUAAUAGUUUAUCAAUUGAUUAAUAUCAAAACCUAUAAAAUAAGACAUAUUUAGUUUAUUAUCCAUAUUUUUACUAUCAAGAUACUGAAAAAAAUGUUUAUUCUGUAAUUAAUUUGGAUGUUAUCUAAUGUUCUAGUCCUGAUUUAAAAGGUUUUAACUGCAUCGAUUUUUCUAAAAUUAGCAAUUACACUCUUGUCAGUGCUAAUGCUAAUAAUAUUAUGUCAAUGGUAUAUAUUAAUAUCUAUGGUUGCUUAGAUAUAGAUAGCAUAAAAACAACUAUUCCAAAUAAUUGUGCUUCCUAAAGUGAAAUAGAUGAUGUUAUAAAUGGUGGUUAGGCUGGUUUAGUACUUUAACUAAAAACUUAAUAAUAUAAUACUACUUCUAUGCAGAUUUAGACAAACUAUAGGUUCAUAUAGACCUUUAGCUUAUCAAACUAGUUCAUAUUAAAUACAUUAAAGACUUAAAUGUAAGAAACUUAAGUAAAAAAGGGUUUAUUAAUUUAAGGUUAGUAAUUUUAUUCAUCUCCUAUCCAAUAUGACUAAACAACUUUUAGCUUUGAUAGGUAAGUUUCUUUAUAAACAGGUGUUGGACCUUAUUGCCAAGUUACUCUCUUAAUGGAUGAAAUAGUAUAAUAUAUAGAGAUUUAAUAUCCUACAAUUACACAAAUUUUAGCACUUGUUAAUAGUGUCAGUUUCAUUGUUAUGGUUUGUAGAAAUAGAGAAGAAGAAUUUGCUGAUGAAAUUUCAGAAAAUUAAAAUAAGAUGAAUGUGAACCUACCUAAUUUUUAAUCUAAAUUUUUAGAUAGGAAAUAAAAUACAAAUUUUUAUCUUGAUUAAAGUAAUAGUUUUUAAAGAUAGAAAUUAUAAGUAGAUGAUGAUAACAAAUAAAAAGAUAGUAUUAAAUUUAAUGACAGUCUAAUAUCUUUAACUUCCACAAAGAGCUAAUAAACAAAAUAAAAAAAUUUUAUAAAUAUAUAGAAAUUUGAUAAAAGUGACACAAUUUCAUAUAACCAAUCUCAAUUCACUCAAUAAAUAGAAAGUAAAAUAUUUGGCUUGCAGAAAAUAGAAACUCCAAGUUAAAGAUAAUCUGUGAACAAAUCUGAAUUACCAAAGAGCAACUUUUUAAAGAAAGAUCAUUUUAAAUGGAAGAAAAAUUUUGGUGAAGCUAUUUCUCAAAAAUUGAAAGUUAUGAAAAGUAAUGAAAUGAAAUAAGCCAUAUAAAAAACCAUAUUCAAGUAUAAAUUCUUCUAAGCUAAAGAAUACCUAUAGUCUUUAUGCUUGAAAGAAAAACAAAUGAACAAAAUUAAAUAGGAAGUAUAGAAAAGUCUAAAUAUAUAUGAAUUGUAUAAAGACAUAAUAUUCUUAAAAAAAGCUGUUAGUAUUUUACUAAGUACAGAUUAAAUGGCUGCAAUAUAAUUAAUUAGUCUUACUGAUAACUUUAUUAAUAUAGAUGUGGAAAACAGAGAAAAUGAAUCAUAAUACAAUUAGGAAAGAAAUAAGCUAAAUCACUUUGAAAAGUAGUAUUUAAUAUCAUAAUCAGAGAAUCUAUAGAUUAAUUACAUAGAAAGAUUCUUAAUAAAAUGUUAGGAUGGUGAUGAUUUAAGUGAAAUUGAUUAAAGAAUAAUUUAAUCAAUUUCAAAAAAACAUUGA